UCUGUAAGAAUCAUAGAAUGAACUAAUCUGCAAUCAAGACUAAUUUAAGGCUUUUUAGAUUCACCCCGAUAGAUAUGGAUGAUUGAGAAUGAAUUUGAAAACCCUUUUCCAGGAUUUCAACCCUAGUAAAUUUUUGGUCUUCACUUGCCUGCUGUUGUUUUCUCUAUUAUUUGCCCUGAGGUUAGACAACACAAUAGAAUGGAGCUACUGGGUCAUCUUCCUUCCUAUCUGGAUAUGGAAGAUCUUUGUCAUUGUUGGGGCUUCCUUAGGAAGCUACAUCUGGUGGAAACAUCCCCAGUACAGAAUGGAGAACAACAGCCAUGUACAGUUUAAAGCCAUGGUGAUAUGUACAGGAAUGCAUCUGUUGUUGUUGAUGUUUGAGAUUCUGGCAUGCAAUAACCUGGAGACAGAGAUUCACUCGUGGAUCCUAGUUUUUAUUCCUCUCAUGUUCAUGUCUUUAGUCUCCAUAGGGAUCUGUAUAUGGGCGGUCAAGAAUGAAAGGUCCUUUGAGAUGGAGUUCUUCUGCUCAGUGAACAUAUUACAGUUUAUAUUCCUGGCACUGCGCCUUGACAAGUAUAUUGACUGGAGUUGGGUGAUUGUUUUUAUCCCGAUUUGGAUUGUGAUGUGCACUGCCAUGAUUGGAGUUCUAUAUGCUAUUAUUCUGGCAAUCAUCCUAGUAAAAUCUCCUGACAUUGUGCCUCAACACAGGCGCGGAAAUGUUUCGUCAGCCGUAGGCUACUCCUUUCUUGUUGUUCCAUUACUUAUAUUUGAGGUGCUUUUAGCCAAUCGUUUGGAUGGAGAUAAUCAUUUUAAAUACACUGCCAUAACUGUUCCAUUAUUUGUGUCUCUCAUUACAAUGAUCUGUCUAUCAUUUGGAGCCAAGGGAGGUAAUCAAUGGUGGUUUGGAAUGAGAAAAGAUUUUUGUUUGUUUGUUCUUGGAGUAUGUCCAUUCCUGCAGGAAUAUGGAAACAUCUCUUACUCCUUACAUAAAAAUCACCGUAAUCAGGAGCAAUCUGACCCACAAACUAAAACAGAUUCUGCCAAAAAAUACAAACCUACAGACCAGACCAAGGUUGUGGUUCCAGUUAUAUCUAUAGAAACACCAGACUGAGUAGUCAAUUUUCUGUAUCACAUAAUUCAGGGAAAUGUGUUUCAAAUGUCAUUUUAGAAUUUAUGUAAAGAUAUGCACAUUCCAUAUACAUAUAUUACAUUGCCAUUUUUUAUGGCUUUGUGAGUGUUGUAGCUUAUUCUAGAUUGGAGAUUGAGGAGACUAGAUAUAAUUAUGCACCAAACUGAAACAAUUUAUUUUUCUUCAACCCCCCUGAAGUUUGAAUAGCUCUUGGGACAUUUUGGAAUUUUUGUUUCAGCAUUUUCUGUGACCUUGACUGUUGAGACAUGAGUAGAGAUCUUGACAUGCCUUUCAUUUAUUGACAACAUUCUUUACAUUUGUUUAAAUUAUUUUAAGCCAUGUUUGUCAGGAUUUAUACCUUGAAUGAUGUGUAAUGGACACAGAACUACUGUUGUGUCUCCUCUGAGGAGGAAAGCCAUUUUGAUUUGGAAAGUAUUAUGUUAUGGAUUAAAGAGUUACAUACUGAAUGUAUAAGUUUUUAAUGUCUGUGAUAAGUUUAAUUAAAUAUUUCAUGUAACAGUUGUAAAUCUAUAUCAUUUUUUAUGAGUUAUACAAUAUGCAUGAGUAUACGGGAGCUCAUCUAAAAGUGUUUCUUGCAAUUGUUGUUAACCAGGAAUAAGUACUAUCAUUAAUGAACAAAUUAUGUCGUAAGUUUAAGUACAUGUAAUAUGAAUGAAUAUAUAAGAGCACAUCUAAAACUGUUU